AUGAGAAAUUCAGGAACCAUUUUAAAAUUGAAUCACAGCGGUAUUGAAAUACUAUUCACCAAAUUACACCAAGGUUGUGUCGAAAAUGAUGAGUUCAUUGGUCUUUUCACAUCGCGUAUGAAUCAUGAAUUGGAAUAUGGGAAACGUUUGGAAACUUUACCAGAUGUUCAUUCUCCAAUGAAAGGUGGAUUUGAUAAAGAUGAUGGUGCUAGUUUGAAAAAUGCUUUUAAAGGUCUUGCUUUAGAAAUGGGUGCUGAAGGUGAAUCUCAUGAACAAAUUGCUUUCAAUAUUCAAAGAAUGGUAUUGGAUCCUUUUUCAAAAUGGAGUGAAGAACAUAAACAAAGAAUUGAUUAUUCUGAAAAAAUAUUGAAAAAUACAUUAAAAGUUUAUAAUAAUAAAUUGAAAACUGUGGAAAAAGUUCAAAAGAAAUAUUUUAAUAAAUGUCGUACUUUAGAAUCUCUAAAGGCAAAUUUAACUGAAGAGGAAAUUUCAAAAGAAUUGAAUAGUUUAGAUAUAAAUGAUUCGAAUGAUCAAAAGACAAAUUUAGAUACUGCUGAAGAAUCAACAAAUGAUGAAUAUGAACCAGUUGUUAUACUAGGUGGUAUUGAAUAUGGGAAAAUUGGUCUGAAAGAAUUAUUUAGAUCAAUUUUAACUGAAGUUCCACAACAUUCAUUUAAAGUUGCCAUAUUAGGUGUUUAUGAAAAUGUUUCAACUGGGUCCUCUAUCGUUUCUUAUUUACAACAAACUUUAGGUAUUACAAAUAUUGAUAAAUGUGAAAAAUUUGGUAAAGAUUUAAUAACAAAUGGGUUUUUAAGACAUGUUAAUGGUGUUGGUUCAAAUUUUGUUAAUAGUGGGAAUUUCCAAUAUCAAUGGAAAAAUACAGCUUUCCAAAUUGCUGAAUUACCAUUACAUAGUAACAAAAAUUCGAGGAAUGGUGAUGGAUCUUCAACUAAUACAAGUACAUUAGAUGAUGAUGAUGAUCUUUCAUCAAAUAAUGUUAAUGUUUCAAAUUAUUUUGAUGAAUUGAAAAACGCAAUUUCUUAUGAAGAACCAUCAUUGAAAAAAGUUGAUAAAGAUGUGAAAAUUUUAGAUUCAACUUAUAAAAAAGAAGUUUUAAAAUUAGAUAAAAUAAGAUGUGAAUUAGAAGAAUUAAUUGUUGAUCAUUUAUCAUUUAUGGAAAAAUGUGAAUUAGAUCGUCUUAGAGCUUUAAAAAAAGUUUUAUUAGAUUUUUCUGCUUCAAUUUCAAAUAAAUUAUCAAAUAUAAAAGCCACAAUUGAUAAAAUCUUAAUUUAUGAAGAAACUAUAAAUCCAAAUGGUGAUUUAAUGUUUUUAUUACAAAAUUAUCGUACAGGUUCAUUUGUACCAAAUGUUAUACUUUAUGAUAAUUAUUAUGAUAGUUUUAAAGAUCAAAUAUUUGGUGUUGAUUUAGAAACAAGAUGUAAAAAUGAUAAUAAAACUGUUCCAUUAAUAAUAUCUUCAAUAUUAUCAUAUAUGGAUAAUAUUUAUCCAGAUUUACCAAAUGAUGAUGUUCGUACAAAAACUUGGUUAGUUCCUGUUAGAUUACAAAGUACUCAUGCAUUAAGAAAUGAAAUUGAACAAAUUGGUUCAAAUAAUUUAACUCGUGAAUUUUUUGCUAAAUAUCAACCUGAAGUUAUUGUUAGUGUUUUAAAACUUUAUUUGUUAGAAUUACCAGAUUCAAUUGUACCAAAUUCUUUAUAUGAUUUAAUUAGAUCAAUUUAUAAUCAAUAUGGUUCAGAUCUUGAAACAAAGGAAAGAAUUAAUGGAUUAACAACCAUUUUAAAAAAUUUAGAUCGAUCAAAUAUAUCAACUUUAAAUGCAAUUUGUACACAUUUUUCAAGAUUAAUUAAAAUUUUAAAAGAAAAUAAAAAUGGAGAUGAAUCAAAUAAUUUAGCUUCAAAUUUCCAAAAUGGUAUAUCACAAGAAUUUUCUUCAUGUAUAUUAAGACCAAGAUAUCAAACAAAUUUAAGUUUAAGUGAUAAACAUAGUUUUAGAUUUAUUUUAGAUUUAUUAAUUCAUAAACAAGAAAUUUUUAAAAAUUUAAAACCAACUGCAGGUUCAAUUAGGAAAAAUAAAAGUAUAACUGGUCAUGUUGAUGGUAAUUCAAUUAAACAAAAUGAAUUACAAAGACAAAACUCAAAAUUACAAACAAAAUUACAAAAAGCUGUUAGAUCUGGUUCAACAAGAAAAUCAUCAAAUAAUCAUAUAAAGUCAAAUCCAACAUUAGAAACAACAAAUGAAGAUGAAGGUGAAAAUAAACCAACUAAAGUUGAAAAACCAUUACCAUCACCUUCAAAAUCAAAAUCAAAACCAAAUAGUACGAAAUCAAGUACAAAAAAUUCACCAAUUGAACCAUCAAAUCCUGAGAAUCCAAUAGUUAUCGAAUAA